CGUCAUCGAUGAUCAGGUCAAGUAAAAAUGGCUAUCGAUAGUAUUAUCGUCAGCAUGCUGCUGAAGAAGUAACAAGCUAAAGUUUUCAUGUUUAUUAUAGAUCACAAAUAAUAGACAAGAGUGAAUAUGGUGAGUUCCAUACGUGUAUGUUUUUCAUAAAUUAAUCUCAUAUAAAAAUGGUUAAAUAUUACACAUCAACAGCUUUAUUUAAAUACACCUGGGAUCAAGUGGCAAUAGCACUAUGGCAAAGAUACCCAAAUCCCUAUAGUAAACAUGUUUUAUCAGAAGAUGUUGUACACAGAGAAGUAAUUAAUGGCAAACUGUAUACGAAACGACUUUUGACAAAAACGAAUCCUAUGCCUAGAUGGGGAGAACAUUUUGUUCGUGGUCCAAGACAUAUCUGUGUUGUUGAGGAAUCUGUUGUUGAUCCUAAGAAUAAAUCUCUCACAACAUACACAAGAAAUAUUGGUAUGCAGAAACUUCUGACAAUCGUAGAAAAAUGUGAUUACAUACAGAACCCUGAAAAUUUAAGAACAACACAAUGUAACCGCUGGGCGUGGUUUCAGUCAUCACUCUAUGGUUUUAGAAGAGCUUUACAAGCUUUCGGUGUAGAACGAUACAAAAGUAAUAUCACCAAAAAUGUUAAAGGUUUUAAUAUAACGUUAGAGAAAUUAUUUGUGACAGAUAUACCACAACAAACUAAAACCAAACAAAAAUUAAAAGAAAAAGCUAAACAUGCUGUAGAUUUAGCUAAAUCUAAAACACAACCAUUGUUGACUUCUUCUAGUCAAUUACCAUGAAUUAUCAUAAAACUUCUACUAUUUUAUUUGUUAAAAAAUGACUUAUACUACUUUCAUUUGAGAAAAAUUGAAAUGUUGGUAUCUUUGACUUAGUUUGUGCAGUGGAUCUGUCUAUAUUUAAAUUUUAAGAUCUACAGAUAGUCACUGUAGAUAUAACUAAUUUUGUAUUAAAAACAAAAUUACAAUUAAAUCUGACCCAUUUCAUUAUAAAUGAAAAUUUAUUUGUAUUGAUUUUGUGUCACAUCAAUAAUCAAAAUACCAACCCAGAUCAACACUUUAUGUUGAUCUAGAUUAAAGUGUAGUUGUCAUCUUUCUUGUAGUUCAGUAAAACGAAAUGUAGCAUAAUGUUGUAUCCACAUGUAGUUUAACAUGCUUGAUCGUGGCUUACACUGUAAUAAAAAUAUGGCCAUUGCACAAGAUCAACUUUGAUUUUACUUAUCUACUUUUUACCUUUGUCUAUACUCCUGAUUAAACAAAACAAUAAUGAAUUUGAAAAAUGUGGAUCAAUCUUACCUAAAAAACAACCUGAGUAAAACACAGAUCCUAUUUCGUUUCGUUUUUUAUAGUACAAAAUUUCAUUUUACUUGUCUUCACAACACUAGGACCUGGAAGAGUUGUUAUACAAGCGUUCUAGUUGAUGUGAUGAAUUAGCCAAUGAAACAGUCUGUCACAGCUAGUUCUUGGCGUUCUCUGCACAAAACUGUGGGUAAACCACUAGAAACAUCAACGGUGAUUGAUUAAUCAAUGUUGGGCAUCAUAGGAUCAAAAGCCGCUCGUAUGACCCCUGAUGCGACCUCCCAAUACAACUGGUCAGAUCUUCAUGUAGUGUAGGCCAUCGAAAGUAUAAAAAAACAAAACAAAAUAUAGAUCUGUAUUUUAAUCAGAUUGUCUGAAAUACACUCAUGUUUACAAUGUACAUUAUAAACACUAUCAUGUUUACAUGUACAUUAAAAAAAACAAAAAACAAAUAUUAAAUGAAUUCUAGCCAGUUAAUACAUUAUAUACUCUUCAAAAAAGUAGGGGACAUUCUGAAACAAUACAAAACUGGGGAAAUGCACUGCUGUUUUUAUAAGAGGUAACCAGUGUAUGUUAAAAUAAUAGGCCAAUUGCCUACACAUGAACAUAAACAGAAUGGGCAGCUUAUCUGACGGCCCCAUUUCAGAUACACUGUCAAAAGUGAAAAUGGACAUUUUUGAUUUUGGUCUUAAUAAUGAGUAAUUGCUCCACCAAUCCUCAGACAUUCAGCAAUUCGUCGUGGCAUGCUCCUAAACAACCAUCCAAUCACGAUUUGGGGCGAUCAGACCCACCCCUCUUGCAGUGCCACGGCCAAUUCUUGCAGUGUUGUCGGUUGACGUUGUCGUCGAUGAACACGUCUCCCAAUCAAAUUAAACGUAACACACUAAGGCAAAGAUAUGCUAAACAGUAAAUCUUAUGCAAGAACCGAUAGGAAAGCAAACAUGGAUAGAUAAACCAGGACGCUGCAGUUUUCAUCAACCCUUCCUUGAAGUGUCAAAUUUGACAAUGAACCCCUCCCACAUGUAUGGCGCUAUUGCGUGUCGCAUGUGCAGCUCAGUGGUUCUGUUGGGGCGAUAAGUUCUUCGUCUGUGAACAUACUCAAAGCAUGUCAAGUGUCCAUGACUAUUUAUCAUAUCACAACCUGCAUAGGUAUUUGCAUUUCAAUAUCCCCUAGUUUUUUUCUGAAGAGUAUAUAUAUCCUAUCAUUCCACUGAAUAAGAAUGUCUGACAAAUUUGUUGAUUUAAUUCAUGCUGAUUUCAUGUUCAGGGAACUGUGUAGGUACAUUAUAACCUUAGAAAUGUAUGUAUUAGUCAUCUUAUUAGUAAUAUCAAUAUACAAACAUAUAAUAAUUGUAAUGUUAUUAUUUUAUAUAUUAUGUUGAUUCGUCAAUUCAUGCCAAUUUCAUGUUACAAAUCCUUGAAGCAGCAUAUGAGUUUGGGAAUGGGGAAGUACUGUUGUGGUUAGCAUCAUGACAACAUCUUACAUCUGUGACCUACUGUUUGUAUUGUGUAUUUAUACCUAACCAAGUUCCUCAUCAAGAUAUUUGAACCUACCAAAGUUCAGACCUGGCUACUCCCCUCUUAUACCAUCUUUCUAUUAGUGCCAUUUAUGUCUAGAGUAUAGACCGACAUCGUACCUUAUGCAGACAAUAAGAGUGCUACGCAUACAUGAAAAAAAUAGUAACUGACAGCAACUAGUCAGGUCCUGUUUUUUGAGCUACACAUACUCACAUAGCCAGUUGCUGUCAGCAAGAAACAGAGUCUUCUAUCAGUAAUGUUACAGUUAUUGUAAAACAAAAAUAAAAAUGUUUGGAGUGCCCAAGUUUAGAUUUGUCGUUGAUUCCAUAAAGUAGUUAUGUUUUAGAAUGGUGAAUACUGUGUAAUUAAUUCAACAUGUCGUCCGAGGGUUUAAAUAUGAUAUAGGUACGAAAUAGUACCAAAUGGUUUAUUUGUAUGAGAGUCAAGGUUUGGACUAAAAUGCCUUGGAAAUCGGAAGCGACUAGUAUGUGUCUAGUAUGUGAGAUUGUCCGUUGUAUUAACUGGACGGGUAGGCCUAUUUACCUUCGGUUAUGUGAAUGUCAAAUGAGCUGCUUCUUAUCAACAAGAUCAGCUCUGGACCGGUUUGAUUCUACGUAUCUCCCUUAGCUGAGAGAAUAAAGAUUUUUUAGCCGAGAAAAGAUUUUCCGUCAAAGUGGUGAUUGAUUCCGAGGCAAAAGAAGUAAUCAUGACCAACCGUUAUUUAGCCUUAUAUCCCACUCGCGGGUGUUACAUCAACACCCUUGUCCAUAUACUAUCCCUUCAUUGUAAUGACAAGUAACAAUGUUACAAACCAAUCAAAGGCAUCCUAGUUAGCCAAAUUAUAGACACUAGCACUUCAAUCUAAACGAUCAGUACAACCCAGGUAAGCGAGUUAGCGACCCCGGUAACAAAUUCGGAACCCCGCCAAUUUGUCAAACCUCUGAACAACCACGGUAAGCGAGCUACCGCCACCGGUAACAUAUUCGCAAACCCCGCCAAGGGCCAACCCCGGUAACCGGCCCCCAGUUAGUAACCAUGGAAAUCCCACCGGGGUUUCAGAAUAGUAUAAAUAUAAACACCCGCCACAUGAGUCCAAUCAGUCUGAAGAGUUCAAUACGAACGAAACUAGUCACUGACAUUCGGGAUAACCUGGUCUUCAUAGACACUCUUAUCUCUUGUAUAAUGUUACAGUUAUAUAUGACCCAAGAUAUAAAUAAACAAUGGUUUCUUACAUUUUCCAAACAUUAUACAAAAUAUUUAUUUUAUAUAUGUAUCAUGUUCACAAGAUGAUUUAUUUUAAAGUCAUUGUAUAUUAUGAGUUAUUGUUUUGGAAAUUAAGCUUAUCUAUUUACCAUAUUACUGAAAUCAUACAUUUUGGAUGCAAGAAUAUGUUGCUGCAUUUGAAUUCUUCAAAAUAUUGGUGUAUUAUCAUUGCUUCUCAGUAUAUUUGUUUGUUAUAUUCACCCUAGAUGCAGUCAUAUACUAUUAGUGUCUUAUUGCUAAAUACUGAUUACUAUCACAGUAGGGCAAUUCAAUGCUUAAAGAGACAUAAUGUUGCCACUUUGCUUUUUUUCUUCAAUCUUCAAUUUCCUCUAGUUGUAUUUAAUUUCUAAUAAGUUCUAAAAGUAUUGAUCAAAAAAAAAUUCCAAUUUUAUACAAAUGUAUCUUGUCACUGUGCUAGUUUAUUUGGAAUCAACAUAUACUGAGCGCCAUGGAAAACGCAUCACUUAGUUUUUCGUAUAACAAAAUGAUCCUGUAAACAUAUCUUAUUUUGCUUCUUAUUGUGAACGAUAUUCAAAUGGGAACACAUCACUAACAACACAUUUGUACACUUAUGGAUGUUUAAUCUGUAAUCAACAGUACAAAGUCAGGGGGGUCAAAACCAAAAGUACGACACAGAUGUCAGUAGCGCAUGUGUCCUCCAAGGGCUCUUACGCACGCUGUGCAGCGACGUCACAUGGAAUUUACCAAUGUUUGAAAGAAGGCCUGGGGCAAAUUGUUCCAUUCUUGGACAAGAGCAGCUUCUAAAGCAGCAAUGGUGUGCAUCUGUGGUCUCCGAUACAGACGGCGUCCAAUCUGAUCCCAGACAUGUUCUAUCGGUGCCAUGUCCGGAGACCAGUCCAAGACAUUGAUGUUGUUAGCAGCCAGGUAGUCCAUACUAAAACUGGCGGUAUGCGGACGUGCAUUAUCCUGUUGGAAGUGCUGAAGUUGUGGGUGCGCUCAAAACAUCGGAACAACAAUUGGUUGCAAGACAUCAUCACGGUAGGCUGGUGAUGAAAUGUGAAGCCUCCCCACACCAUUACACUACCCCCACCCCAUCGAUUUGUUUCAAAGACGCAGCAGUCUGCAAGACGUUCCCCAGGACGUCUCCACAUACGUUGACAGCCAUCAGCGUGAUAAAGAUGAAAGCGACUCUCAUCACUGAAGAGAACACUUUGCUAGUCUACUCUUCUCCAUGUCUGGUGUCCUUGAGCCCAUAUCAAACGCCGCUGACGGUGAUGAUCCCUGAGGAUAGCUCCAACAUAAGGUCGUCGUGCACGGAGUCCUGCUUCUAUUAGAUGACGUCUUACGGUGUUGGCACUUACUGGUCCUUGUCUUCCGACGACUGCUGCACCUGUUCGAGUCGCUGGGCGGAAUCUGUCACACAGAUGAGUGACCCGGAUGUAGCGGUCUUGAGUCUGGGUUGUAACACGUUGUGUAACACGGUCACGUGUUGAUCCAGCAACUCGAACACGUUCCACCAACCUUACAAUAGUGGACUGAUGACAAUUGAAGUGUCUGGCAAUAGCACGUGUAGACAUGCCAGCCCUGGAUAUUCCCAUGGCUUCAUUCCGUUGAUUUUCAGUAAAUCUUGGCAUCUCUAGCUCGAUUCCUCCACACGUCCAACAACAAAUUACGACAGAUUGACGUUUCACAGUUCAUGUACUGCACAUUAAGUUGAAAACAUGCUUUUAAAGGGCUCACACACAAUGCUGCACGUGAAUAUUGGGUUUUUCAUGUGCAUCUCGUGCAAUUUUUUUUGUGCACACGGGCCGAUAUUUUUUGCGUUUGGGAGCAUUGUGUGAAACAAUAGUUCAUAGUAUUGCAUAAUAUUAUACAAACAAAACCACCUAGUAAUAAGAUAUUUGGGGAAAAAAGUGAUGCAUUUUCACUGGCGCACAGUAUAUUUGACCUCAAAGUAAAACAACUCUGUACAUGAAUUUUGUAUCAUUGUUUACAAGUUGCCAUCUGCAUGUAUGCAGUAAACUUUACUACAUACAUACAGAUAGCAAGUUGUAACAAUACAAUGUGUGAACUUUCUAAUCAAUGUUGUAGUGGUAUCAGAGGCAAAUUAAUAAUAAUAAAGUUUUUGGCACUAUGUUCUACUUGAAUUGAAAUAUUAAAUGCUAAACAAUGUUAGAGAAUACAGGGAUUAGUUAUAUUUUUAUAUUAAUUGUUGACAAGUGCUAUGAUUGUGAUAGUUUAUAUAUAGUGUGGGUGUGUGUGGUGAUGAUGAUGAUAAUGAUUAUAGUAUACAUAAGAAAUAAAACGAUUUUCAUUUUAAAAUUGU